AUGGGCCAGUCCGAGUUGGGGUUCCUGUUGCGAGGUCGUAGCCUUGUGCAGAUUGUGGGAGACAUCACCUGGGUGAGUGUUGGAAGAAGAUUGGGGCGUGUUUCAGAUAUAGGUGUUUGGAGCAUCAAGUUAAGAAUUGUCCUCAGAGACCUGUUCAGAUGCAAGCUACAAAGUAGGGUUAUGUGCUUCAGCAGCCACCGAGAGACCGUGGUCAGGCUAGAGGUGGAAAUGGCAUGGGGCGAGGUCGUGGAGCACCUGGCAGAGGUGCUGUCAAUAAGGAUAGAUAAGUUGUUUAGGAAUUUGCUCCUAGAGGUUCAGGGAGUAAUCUUUCCAGUGGAUCUGAUGGAGCUACCGUUUGGUGAAUUUGACCUUAUCUUGGGGACGGAUUGGCUGGUUAAAUAUGUUGCAAGUUUGGAUUGUACUGCUAAGCGUAUGGUGCUGAAGAUUGCAGAGGAUGAGAAGGUGGUUGUGAUUGGGGAGCGAAGGGAUUAUUUAUCAAAUGAUUUUCCUGAUGCAUUUCCUGAUGAACUCCUUGGGUUACCUCCGUCCUAUGAGGUCGAGUUUGGUAUUGAGCUCCUACCGGGAAAAGCUCCAGUGUCCAUUACCCCUUAUAGGAUAGCACCGAAGGAGCUGGUGGAGUUAAAAGCUCAAAUUCAAGAACUACUAGACAGAGGGUUUAUUUGA